AUGCUCAUCGGCCGCGAGCAAGCGAGUAUUGGGGGCACCAAAUCCUUUCCUGCGCCCGUGAACGGUCUAACCGACGACCUCAUAUCGAAUUCUGGAGACGUCCACCUUUAUGCCGACCCAGCUACUCAUCAUGAGAAACACCCCGUCUUACUUGCCGACUGCGAAGGCCUGGGUGGCGGCCAAAAUGUACCAAGAGCCAAGGAACAUCAGAGCAUGUAUGCUGUGAAGUGUUUGUUUCCUCGAACACUUUACACAUUUUCGGACGUCACUGUGUUUGUGGUUCAGGAACCUAGGACAUUUCAAUCAGAUGUUCUGGUGAACUUGGUGGAAUGGGCGUAUUCCUCUAUCGAGAAAGCUGUUAAUCAACCAGUUCUGCCUCAUCUCAUCAUUACACUAAACCGAACCGACAAUGCCAUCAACGAGGAGCAAUGGGACCCUCGCACCGCUACAGAUAUGCUACUAGCGGCUCACCAAGAUAUCACGCAGGUUCCCGAACUUAUCAGAAUUGUUCAGGGGCUAAAGCUCAGCGGCCACAGCGUGAAGUCCGCAAAAGAGCUUCCCGAAUGCUUUUACCAGUCCAUCACAGUUGUUCGUAUUCCAACCAAAGGACGAUAUAUGCAGAUCGAUGAAGAAAUCGGUAAACUCUACAACACAAUUAGAGACAGGGCCACGAGUUCGCACACAGAGAAGAGGUCCGUACGUAUGGCGCUCAAUGCGGAAAAGCUCCACCAAUUCAUGAACGCCGCAUACAAUCACUUUUCAGAGAACCUCGAUAAGCCGUUCGACUUUGUCAAGGAGGCCCUACAACUUAACCCCAUGCCUCACGACUUUCAAGGCCAUAUGCUACACCUUGUACUCGCUGUUCGCAACGGAAUGAGUAGUAUGGGAUAUCCCAACACCGAGCGCCAGCUCCUGGAGAAGGUGAAGUCCCUGCUCGCAUCCUGUAUGACACUUGUUAUCACUCGGAACAAUCUCACAGGGACAAUCAAGGACCUCUUGAAUAGCACGUUUCGCAAAUCAGCGAGAAUGGCUUUUGAAGAGCUCUGUGACAAAUGGCUACCUUGUGGCUUUGAAAGCAACGGUUAUACGUGCUGCAACGUCCGAUUCGCCCAUUUUAAGGGUCACCAGGCCUCGAAUGGCAAAAUAUUUCAGAAGGGGCCAUAUCAGCCAAGUAUCACUGACGACCAGUUCGAGGGGUGGUUUAAUGGAAUCGGUGCAGAGCUGAAGAAGAUGAUGGAAGAGCUCCCACGUGCCGGAAGCGAAAAGGACAAUGCCUGGGGUAAGCAUCUUCAGCGCUUGGAGCGGUUUUAUGACGACAACUCAAAGCUCUCCCACUCGGAAAAUGUCAGCCACGGGACUUGUUUUUGCUGCAUCAACAGCGUUCCAGAGCAAAUGUCUUGCCUUGCGGGCAUAUUUUGUGCACCGAGUGUGUUAGCGCCCUUGGUGAUCAUAAAGAACGGGACAUCAUGCUCGUCAGAUAUUACCCCUUUCGCCGCCACACGCAUAAUUGGAACAGGGAUCCAGUUCAGAUUAGGUUCAAGCCAGAGGGUGCUGGAAUACGCGCUUUGUGUCUAG